CGUCAUAUAUACCACAGAAGAAGAAACAGCACUGGAGCCUGCUGGAGUGCUAGCAGCUAGCCUAGCUAACAUAUUAAAGUAACGUUAGAGUAUUUAAAGGUUCUGAGCUUUUGGACUCGAACACCACACUAACGACAGCAAUGGAGAAAACGUUCAGCCAGUGGAAGAAGCAGUGUCUGAACAAGCUGGACCUGAGUAAGAAGGGCAGUGUGGACGCGGACAUUGGACAUGUAGUGUCUCUGCUCAACAGCCGUGAGGAGUACUUCACCACCAGCUCCUGCUCCGGGAGAGUCAUCCUCCUCGACGGGGCUCCAGAGAGCAGUGAUGUCCAGAAACAGAACUGUGUUUGGCUGUUUGUCUCACACCAGAAAUGCACAUCUGAUGACCUGGUGUCCGGUCUGGCCAGGUCCAGCGGGGAUGCAGUGUUGAAGUUCGAGCCCUUUGUGCUCCAUGUUCAGUGUAGGCGACUGGAAGACGCACAGCUGAUGCACUCAGUGGCCAUCAACUCAGGCUUCAGGAACUCUGGUCUCACUGUCAGCAAGACAGGAAAAAUCAUCUCGGCAGUCCGUAGCACCCAUGGCCUGGAAGUUCCUCUCAGUCAUGAAGGAAAGCUCCUGGUUGAACACGAAUACAUACAUUUCCUGGCUCAGAUAGCCAAUGAGAAGAUGGAGGAGAACCUCAGACGGAUCCACAGGUUCUACCAGAAUCUCCAGUCAGCUCUGCCUACAGAGAAGCUCCAAAGACUACAAAUCCCAGAUCCCCCCGUGUCCCAGGAACUACAAGAUCCCCCUCACAGACUGGAGACAGAAAAGGAGAAGAACAAAACAACUGUGUAUAAGCGGAGGCGGAAGAGAGAACAACACCAGCGGACUGACUGUUGCCAUGGCGAUGGGUCCAGCAGCCAGGUGCCAGACCUCGAUGACUGUCUGGAUCUGUUCACGUGAAGCAGUGGCUCUGCUAACACACUCCAUCACUGACUGGAUAUUAGUGCCGCUGUCUUGUGGGUGUUUGAGUCAUUAUUCAUUUUAUUUGAGAGAGCUGUCACUAAGAAGAUCACCAUGGUAACCUACACUGCACUAACCUCUCUGCUCUGCAGCAGGUUUAAGUCAAUAGAUACUGACGAAACAGCUCACUGGAAUAAUGGAUGUAUCAUUUCUACAGGAUCCCAACAUGGACAGAAGUACUGAGGCUACAAUAAAAAGACAAGUAAUAAAGACAACAUAACAACAGGAGAAUCACUCACUAAAAGAAACGUUCUGUCUCUUUUUAAAGGUUCACUGUGUAACAUUUAGGAGGAUCUAAUGUCAGAAAUGGAAUAUAAUAUUCAUAGCUAUGUUUCCGUUAGCAUAUCAUCACAAAUCAAAAUAAAAUAGUUUUCGUUUGUUUAGAAUGAGCUGUUUUAGCCACAAGUUGCCUUCCGUCGAGUCGGCCAUGUUGGAGUGCCAUGUUUCUGCAGUAGCCCAGAGGAACAACACUGGCUCCAGAUCGUGCCUUUUGCAUUUUUCAUGCAUUGUGCGGCCACCGUAGUUUCUCGUUUGUGGUUGGAAAGGGCAAGGUGAAACGAGUGAGUCGCAAUCUGCAGUUGCACUGCUAGAUGCCACUAAAUCCUACACACUGGACGGACAGAGUACAAGCUAAAACAGCAAUAAACCGAGUGUCCACCUCUGUAUUGAAGUAGAUGAGUUUUGUUGCCAUACAACAACUACAGCUCCCAUGAGGCUUUGACAGUGCUUCUGUGGCUCAUGGGUAUGCUGCUGUUGGAUGCUAACAACAUAGUUUAUCUCUUAAAAUGACAUGGUGCAUACGUCAGACUGUUCCAAACAGGUUCUCAUUUAGACAUUAAACAAAACAAUACCGUUUCUUUUUCCAGACCUGAUAUUAAUUUACAUGUGUUUCUUUUUUUCACCAAUGGUUUCUAGGACUAUAUAUUGGCAAGAGUCUCGCGAUACGAUAUGUAUCAUGAUAAAGGGGUUACGAUUCAGUAUAUUGUGAUAUAUUCACGUCACUGUAAGCAGGGUGAUACAUAGCUAUUUAGAAACUGUAGGAAAACUGUCAAGAAAAGGUUAACAACACUGCUAUCUAGUGUUUGGUGGUUUAAACACAAAAAUCUAUAGUGUUUUCGAGAAUCAAUAAAAUAUCACAAAACAAAA